UUAGUCUGAACUCUCAACUGAAAAUCAUUGACCAGUUUACUACCCGAGCACGACCACUGCUCCUAACAACUCUCUCUAUCCUCUCUCUCUCUCUCUACUCUGCAACGAUGUCGAACUUCUCUCACCAGAUGAGGCUAUCUUCGUCUCUGAUCAGACGUUUGCACCAAAGAAUCAGUGCUCUGAACACUAGAUCUUUUACUACAAUUGAAGGUCAUCGUCCCACUAUCGUUCACAAGCGCAGUAUCGAUAUUCUUCAUGAUCCGUGGUUCAACAAGGGAACGGCAUUCUCCAUAACAGAACGAGAUCGUCUUGAUCUUCGCGGACUUCUUCCUCCAAAUGUUAUGUCUCGUGAACAGCAAAUUGAACGCUUCAUGUAUGACUUGAAGAGGCUUGAGGUACACGCUAGGGAUGGACCUUCCGACCCAUAUGCUGUAGCCAAGUGGAGGAUACUCAACCGGUUGCAUGACAGGAAUGAGACAAUGUACUACAAGGUUUUGAUUGCCAAUAUUGAGGAAUACGCACCUAUAGUUUAUACUCCUACUGUAGGCCUUGUUUGCCAGAAUUACGGUGGAUUAUUUAGAAGGCCAAGGGGGAUGUACUUCAGUGCUGAAGAUCGUGGAGAAAUGAUGUCAAUGGUUUAUAAUUGGCCGGCUGAUCAGGUUGAUAUGAUUGUUGUAACGGAUGGAAGCAGGAUAUUGGGUCUUGGAGAUCUUGGAGUUCAGGGUAUUGGAAUUGCAAUUGGGAAGCUGGACUUAUAUGUUGCUGCUGCUGGGAUCAAUCCUCAGAGAGUACUUCCUGUCAUGAUUGAUGUUGGAACUAACAAUGAGAAGCUUCUCAAAGACCCAUUGUAUUUGGGAUUGCAAGAACACCGGCUUGAGGGAGACGAGUAUAUUGCAGUCAUCGAUGAAUUCAUGGAAGCUGUUUUCACUCGUUGGCCACAUGUGAUUGUACAGUUUGAAGAUUUUCAAAGCAAGUGGGCCUUCAAGUUAUUGCAGCGUUAUAGAAAUACCUACAGAAUGUUUAAUGAUGAUGUCCAGGGGACAGCAGGAGUAGCAGUUGCUGGUCUUUUAGGAGCUGUAAGGGCACAAGGAAAACCAAUGAUUGAUUUCCCGAAACUGAAAAUCGUUGUUGCUGGUGCUGGAAGUGCAGGAAUAGGGGUUCUUAAUGCUGCUAGGAAAACAAUGGCAAGGAUGUUGGGAAAUAAUGAAUCUGCUUUUGAAAGUGCACGUAGUCAAUUCUGGGUAGUUGAUGCCAAGGGCCUGAUCACAGAGGAGCGUGAAAGUAUAGAUCCAGAUGCCCUUCCAUUUGCAAGGAAGGUCAAAGAGGUUGGUCGUCAAGGAUUGAGGGAAGGGGCAAGUCUUGUGGAAGUGGUGCAGCAAGUAAAGCCUGAUGUGCUUCUUGGAUUGUCUGCAGUUGGGGGCUUGUUCUCUAAAGAGGUAUUAGAGGCCCUUAAAGAUUCAACUUCAACUAGACCAGCAAUUUUUGCAAUGUCAAACCCAACAACAAAUGCUGAAUGCACCCCUGAAGAAGCAUUUUCCAUUGUGGGUGACAACACUAUAUUUGCAAGUGGAAGCCCAUUUAACGACGUAGAUCUUGGAAAUGGUCAUAUUGGCCAUAGCAACCAGGGAAACAACAUGUACCUUUUCCCUGGGAUUGGACUCGGUACCCUGCUAUCUGGUUCUAGGGUCAUCUCUGACGGCAUGUUACAGGCUGCAGCGGAGUGCUUAGCUGCUUAUAUGACAGAAGAGGAGGUUAUCAGAGGGAUCAUAUAUCCUUCAAUAUCCAGCAUUCGUGAUAUAACAAAGGAGGUAGCUACAGCUGUGAUUAAGGAAGCUAUAGAAGAGGAUUUGGCAGAAGGAUACCGCGAAAUGGAUGCCCGAGAACUCCAGAGACUUAGUCAGGAGGAAAUUGUAACUUACGUGAAGAACAACAUGUGGAGUCCAGAGUACCCAACAUUGGUCUACAAGAUGGAUUGAGCCGCACCACUCCAGCAAAACUCCAUUUGCAUCAACUGAUGCAUUGCAGUGGGAACCGAUCCACACUAAUUAUAUGGAACCCGACCACAUCGUUGUUGUAUCUGCUGAUUGUAAUAUCAGAUCAUUCAUUUUGCCUAUUUCCAGAAUGUGUAUUAGUCCCUUGUUCACUGUCAUGUACAUUUGGUAUUUUUUGGAACUCUGAUGUUAAAAUAAAUGACCCAAUUUUUAUGUUAUUUUUAAUUUUAAGGUUGAGAAAGUUAAGUUUGA